AUGUUUCUCUUCGCGUGGACACCGAUAAUUAGCUUACUCGCACAUUUACCUCUACCCUCGAUAACACGCUUUCUCUGUUCCUUCUCUUUGUCAUUUUCCCUUGUCUUUAUUCUUAUUCAUUAUCUAUCUAUCUAUCUAUCUAUCUAUCUAUCUAUCUAUCUAUCUAUCUAUCUAUCUGAAGUCUUUUCAUAUCUAUCUAUCUAUCUAUCUAUCUAUCUAUCUAUCUAUCUAUCUAUCUAUCUAUCUAUCUACUUUAAUUCUUUCUUGAAUUAUCUUUUCUUUCUUUUCUGUUUUUAUCCACUAUAUCUAUCCAUUAACUCAAUUUCUUUCUUUCUUUCGUUCUUUCUUUUCUGUUUCUAUGCAUUUGUCUAUUAUUACUUUCUUAAUCGCUGUUGUUUUCCUCUGUCGCCAUGGGAUGUGGUCGUUAUUCUUCCUUUAUCUAUCAAUGACUUUUUUUUAUCAAAAUGUUCGAUCUCUCUCUCUCUCUCUCUCUCUCUCUAUCUAUCUAUCUAUCUAUCUAUCUAUCUAUCUAUCUCCCUCUCUGAUAGUAUUCUUUCUUUCUUUCUUUCUUUCUUUCGUUCUUUCUUUCGUUCGUUCUUUAAUUAUAACCGCUCAUCAAAAAAUUGCAUUUUUCCUAUUUCUCAUAUUAACAUUUUUUCAUUGUCUUCUGUUUCCUCAAAUCAUUCUUCUUCUUACUCCCACAUUCUUUCUUCUUCUUCUUCUUCUUCUUCUUCUUCUUCUUCUUCUUAUUCCUCUCCCUUUUCCUCUUCUUCUUCUUCUUCUUCUUCUUCUUCUUCUUCCUUUUCUUCUUUUUUCUUCUUUGUUUUUUCUUCUUCUUUUUCUUCUUCUUUUUUCUUUCUUAUUUUCCUUUUCUUCUUCCUUUUCUUUUUCUUUUCUUCUUCUUCCUUUUCUUCUUUUUCUUCUUCUUCCUUUUCUUCUUUUUUCUUCUUUGUUUUUUCUUCUUCUUUUUCUUCUACUUUUUCUUUCUUAUUUUCCUUUUCUUCUUCCUUUUCUGUUUCUUUUUCUUCUUCUUCCUUUUCUUCUUUUUCCUUUUCUUCUUUUUCUUCUUCUUUUUCUUCUGUUUUUUUUACAUCAUUUUUCUUCUAUAAAACAUUACAAAUUUUUCUUCUUUUUCUUCUUCUUCCUUUUCUUCUUUUUCUUCUUUUUCCUUUUCUUCUUUUUCUUCUUCUUCCUUUUCUUCUUUUUUCUUCUUCUUUUUCUUCUUCUUUUUUCUUUCUUAUUUUCCUUUUCUUCUUCCUUUUCUGUUUCUUUUUUCUUCUUCUUCCUUUUCUUCUUUUCCUUUUCUUCUUUUCUUCUUCUUUUUCUUCUGUUUUUUUUACAUCAUUUUUCUUCUAUAAAACAUUACAAAUUUUUCUUCUUUCUCUUCAUUUUCAUAUUAUUAUAUGCAUUCAAUAUUUUGUUGUUGCUCUUCAUCACACUCUUCUUUUUCUACUUCAACAUCUACUAAUAAUACUACUACUAUUACUACUUAUACUACUAAUAUUCCUUCCUUUUCUUAUUAAUUUUCCUAUCUUUAAAUUUUACCUCAUUUAUCUCGCCUUUGAUGUCAACUUCUACUUCUCCCAAUUUCCCUCCUCCCCAUCAGCUUAUUCUUCUUCUCCUCCACUAACUCAUUCUUCUUCACCAUUCUUAGCUUCUUUUUUUCUUGUUCUUUUCUUUUUUCACAUUCUCUACAUUCGUCUUCUUCUUCUUCUUCUUCUUCUUCUUCUUCUUCUUCUUCUUCUUCUUCUUCAUUUUUCUUGUCUACCUCAUCCUUCACCUUUUUCAUCUUUUUGCCUUCCUCUCCAACUUUUUGUUCUAGUCCACCUCCAUCAUAUUAUUCUUUGUUUUCUUCUUGCUCACGUCCUCAAAUUUCUUCUUCUUCUUCUUCUUCUUCUUCUUCUUCUUCUUCUUCUUCUUCUUCUUCUUCUUCUUCUUCGUAUUAUUAUUAUUUUUAUUAUUAUUAUUAUCCUCUACCUCCUCCUUCACCUUUGUCUUCUUUCUGUUCUCCUCCAUCUUCGUCUUCUUCUUCUUGCCCACCUCCUCUACGUCAUUCUUUUUCUUCGUCUUCUUCACAACUCUUCAUUUCCCUCUCUCCACCUACAUAACCUUCAUCUUUGUCAGUAUCCCACAAAUUUCUUCUUCUUCUUCUUCUUCUUUUUCUUCUUCUUCUUCUUGUCUUGUGAUAAUUUCACUAGCUCCUCUCGCCCACUUGUGUCGCCCGUAGCCCUUCUCUCGAGACUAGUCUUCCGUCUUCCUCCAAUUGGUGUCCACCCAUCGCUCACCAGACCCUUACGCGGCCCGAACCUUCAACUCAAUUCUGCUUGGUACACCUGGCCAUGUCGCAGACACAGACAAUGA